GACCAGACAAGGCUUAGAGACCAAGAAGAGCACUGCGUCCUGAGCAAGCCUGUGGGUAUGUUGAAUGAAAAAUGUGCUCAGAAAGAGGUUCCACCAGAGGUGGAGGAGAGAGGACACUGGGGGAGUAAGGUGGAGUUCCUCCUGGCCGUGGCUGGAAAUGUUGUUGGCCUCGGCAACGUUUGGAGGUUCCCUUACCUCUGCUACAAAAACGGAGGAGGUGCAUUCUUGGUGCCGUAUCUGGUUUUUGUGAUGACCUGUGGCGUACCCUUGUUCCUGCUGGAAACUACCAUGGGACAGUACACCCAGGAAGGGGCCAUCACCUGCUGGAGGAAGCUGUGCCCACUAGCAGAAGGUAUAGGCUUUGGAGGGCAGCUCAUCCUCCUCUACAGCUGCAUGACUUACAUCAUUAUCCUGUCCUGGGCUUUGCUCUACCUCAUCUUCUCCUUCGGUUCCCAGCUCCCAUGGGCCAGCUGUGACAACUACUGGAACACGGAGAACUGUGUGGAGUUUUCAACAACCAACAGCACCUUCAAGUGGACCAACGGGACAAAUUCGACCUCAGCCGCCACUGAAUUCUGGGAACGCCGUGUCCUGGCUAUCUCAGGUGGGAUUGAGGAGAUGGGCAGCAUCAGGUGGGAGGUGAUGUUGUGCUUGAUUGCAAUGUGGAUCAUCUGCUACUUCUGCAUCUGGAAAGGAGUCAAGUCUACAGGAAAGGUGGUGUACUUCACUGCCACCUUUCCGUACGUCAUGUUGGUAAUCCUUUUGAUUCGAGGACUAUCACUUCCCGGUGCUCUUGACGGAGUCGUGUUUUAUCUCCUGCCUGAUCCUUCACGACUAGCUGACCCUCAGGUGUGGAUGGAGGCCGGGGGGCAAAUCUUCUUCUCCUACAAUGUUGGCGUGGGCUCUCUGAUUGUCCUGGGCAGCUACAACAAACAAGACAACAACUGCUACAGGGACUGCCUGUGGCUGUGUUUCCUGAACAGUGGUACCAGUGUUGUGGCUGGGUUCGCAGUGUUCUCUGUGCUGGGAUUCAUGGCUCAUGAGCAAGGCAUCCCCAUUGCAGAGGUGGCAGAGUCAGGUCCAGGCUUGGCGUUCAUCGCAUACCCUCAGGCAGUAGCCAUGAUGCCUCUGCCGCAGCUCUGGUCCAUCUGCUUCUUUGUCAUGCUCAUCCUCUUGGGUCUGGACACACAAUUUGUCAUCGUGGAAGUGUUGAUGACGUCCAUUAUAGACAUAUUUCCCAGAGUUAUGCGACGGGCAGGACGUCGGGAGAGCUUCCUCCUCCUGUUCUGUCUAAUUUGCUUCUUCUCUCAACUCAUCAUGGUCACUGAAGGAGGGAUGUUUGUCUUCCAGCUGUUUGACUACUAUGCAAGUAAUGGAGCCUGCAUCCUCUUCCUCAGUGUUUUUGAAACCCUCUCAAUGGGAUGGGUGUUUGGGGCAGAUCGGUUGUAUGGCAUCAUAAAGGAUAUGACUGGAGUGCAAGCCAAUCCAUUCUUCAGAAUCUGCUGGCUUUACCUCACACCACUGGUCUCACUGGGAACUUUCAUAUGUUCAUUAGUCAAGUACCAGCCUCUAACCUUUAAUCGCUGGUACACAUACCCAUUCUGGGCUUACGUCUUGGGCUGGCUGCUGGCCCUCUCCUCCAUCCUGCUUGUACCAGGAUGGGCCCUUUAUAAGUUGGCUACUGGGAGUGGCACACCCAGGCAGCGCCUCCAGUACUUGUGCCAGCCUGCUGUUGACGACUCACCAACCCAAACGAGAGGAACCGAGCUGCAAAUCAUGGGUGCUGAAGUGCUGCAGCCUUUCAUGUACAACUGACAGUAGAUGCAGAAACUAAUGUAGCUGGAGCUCACUGUUUAGCAUUCAGCACUA